GGUUUUAUUGGUUAGCUCAACCCGAAGCGUUGGUCACAUUGCAAAACGUUUCCAAAAGAGCAACAACGCGUCGCGGCGUAGUAAAAGUUAAAAUAAAGAAAAUUAAUUAAAUUACUUAAUACGUUUGUAUCAGCCAAUCCGCAGCCCAACGUAGAACGCUGGUCACAAACAGUGUCAGAGCGUCCCUGAAGUAACAAUCGAUUUCGUUGUACUCGUCAAGGCAAUUUUGUUGCAGUAGUGUGUGUGCGUGCCUGUAAUUAAACAAAAGUAUUAAGAAAAAGUUUCAUAUUUUGCAAUCUGCCUGGUUGGCUGCGAAAAUAGUGCGCUUGUCGCAGUAGCUGCUCCAGGUGCGUUCUAGGCGCACUUCCUUCUUGUUUUUCGGAUCCGCUACCUCAUUUGCAGCUGCUGCCAGCUAGUUGUUGUUGCUGCAGCGACAUACCCGCACACCUCUCUCUCGUUAACUACCUUGAGUGCGAGAGAGGGAGAGGGCGAAAGAGUGCAAAGUUGAUGCCGUUCAACUAAGCUCCCCGUGCGUGCGUGUGUGUUUGUGUGUGUGUGUGCUUUAAUGGACAUCGACGGCCACAACAAAUUAGUUGACUCAGUGUGAGUGCGCGGCAUUAGUCACUUCGGUCUUGGCUUUUGUCUUUUUGUCAGCCGACCUCCAGGCAGCCCCCACCCCGCCCAGCGGAGCGCAUCGCCAAGUCGCCGCACCGAAGAUCGCACCAACACGGAUCGGAUCUGGUCGAGUCAGGCCUCGUCAAAAGGCAGCAUGACCAUUCCUUCGAGGCCAGCGCCCGCACCGCCCGGCUCACGUGGCCAGAGCGCCGCCGCUGGAGCCAACGCUAGUCUGGAACAACUGCGCGUCCAGCUGCAGCAACAGCACUUGCAGCAGCAGCAGGCAGGCGGAGGACUCCAGAAGCUGAACAUCAAGCUCCCGCCGCCGCCCAAGGGCCCCCUGCAGUCGCAGAACUCGAUCCACAGACGGAUCAACAACAUCAACAACAAUAACAACGAGCCAACCGGGUCGAGCAUCACCCGGAAGUUUCCUCAGGCGCGCUAUACCCCAGCCACCAACUGGGACGAUGAUCCUUUCGUUUCUAACGGGAAUGAUCGAUUCAAGAAGAUGGCACCGCCACGACCGCCGCCACCGAAGGUGCUGGUUAAUGGGCAGAAGAUGACCCCAAACUCCACCUCAACGGCAGCGACGAACGGGGGCGGUAUCAAUCUCAUCUCGAACAUCUUCCACCGCAAGAAGUCAACGUCGACGGCAGCGGCCGCUGCUUCCAAGGCCGCAGCGCAGAGUCGCGUCUACGGUCUGAGCAGCGGUCAUUCCGAAACGACAGCCACGGCCAGUGGGGGCACUUCCGCGGCCAGCUACAACGAUGGCGACUGGAACGCCGCCUGGAACACGGCCACCACCGUCUCCACCACGACUACGAGCAGCAGCAACAGUAGGAGCCAUUACUCCUCCCAGCAGAUGAGCACGGUGACCGAAGGGGCGCUCAUCAGCUUCGACUCGCCACCUUCGUCUCCCACCUUCACCCAAAAGUCCAACAGCGACUGCGUAAGCGUGGAUAGCUUCAGCUCGGACAGCAACUUCAGUUCGCCCAACAAUGGCAGCGUGUCGCAACCCGAGAGUGGCUUCGAGGACGAUUACCACCGAUCGCGCCCGUCCACCCAGAGUCCGCUGGAUCCAUGGGAGGCGGUGGACGCAUUUCAUGCUAAUGUUGGCAGCGGGGUCGACAGCUUUGGCACCGCUCCGGUGCGCCAGACAUAUCAAUCGGUGCCGUCUCGUAGCUCCGAUAAUCCCCUAUGUAAUGGCAAGAGCCUGUUGCCCCCCACCCAAUCGCUAACGAUGCCCACUAUCAUCAAGCCGAAGAUAUCGGCUAAGCCAAAGGCGCCAAAGCCCCCACCGUUUAUCGGGGGCCUUCCGCCGGGAUAUGGGGGGUCUGAUACGCCGCCAUCUCCUCCGAUGCCCAAAGGGGCGCCGCCGCCGCUUCCGCAGAGUGCUAUCUCGAUGCUCGACGUCAUAUCAGGAAAGGUAGAUGCUACAGCGCUCUCCAACGGCGCCCAGGGUUACAUUCAGGAGGAAGUCGUGCCUUAUGCCAUUGCUCUGUACAACUUCGACGGCGUUGAGGAGGGGGAUCUAAGCUUUAGGGAGAACGAGAAAAUAUAUCUGCUGGAUCAGCCAGCGGAAGAAUGGCUGCGUGGUCGUUCGCGAUCCGGCUGCGAAGGCAUCUUUCCGGCCAACUAUGUGGAAGUUAUAGUGCCAUUGGGGUCAGUGGGUCAUCAAAGCUCUGCCAGUGGCGCAAGUUCGGGAGCUGCAGCACCCGCUGCUACCACCUCGCAGCAUCAACAGAAUCGCAUGCCCACCGCCUAUUGUUUGUACAACUUCCCCGGCGAGGUCGAAGGAGAUCUGGCUUUAAGGGAGAACGAAUUGGUAACACUGCUUUAUAAAAUAAACGAUGAAUGGCUGUUCGGCGAGGUGGACGGGCGUCAAGGGCAGUUUCCGGCCAAUUUCCUGGACCAAGUGCCCGAUAACUUGCCCACACUUUAACCGCAACCAUUCGAAGCCUGACAUCCUUGGCGACAUUUGGUGAACACACUACGAGCCAUGUCGACAAGUGAUGGGAAGACGUCAAGCGAACUGAAACAUAUACACGCAUAAUAUUAUAUAAUUGUAUUUUUGCUAUAUCUUGUGCGAAAAAUAUUACGAUACGAACCUAGUCUAGGAUAACUAAUUUGUAAGAAAACCAAAAGAUGUUUUAUUGGAACCAAUCGAGCAUAUUGCCUUCUCCCCCUGUCCCAGCCGACACAGGGGAGUGAUUCACCGAUUCUAUGUUUAACCCGUGAAAUAUUUGUUUUUUUUUCUUUCUAAAAGAUCCGAUGUUCAUGUAUUAUUCGAUUAUUUGCUGAUCCCUUAAGUAUUUAACCCCGCCAGUUUACCCGUUUACUGAAUGAUGGCAACAAAUGUAUAUAAGAUAGUCUCUACGUGAUUUAUACUAAUGUUUAUUUAAAUCGAGUUUAAUUAGCUGCUUAGUUAGGCACAUGUUAUGCUUAGUUUACCAAUUCCAAUUUAUACAGCAACGUGUUUAAUUGUACGAAUUAUUAUGUUCGAGUGCUCGAGUUAUUUGUGGAAGGACCUAUUUGUCUAUGGAAGAGUGCUAACCACACAAUCAGUAGGAAUUCACCUAUCAAAUAUAGAAAUAUCCUAGUAUCAAAGAAGAAGAAUAACUGAAAUAAAUGAUGAUAUAAAAUA